AUGAGCGGCAACUACAGAUCCGUUGCAUACUUCGCAAACUGGGCUAUAUAUGGCAGAAAUUACAACCCGCAGGACCUUCCAGCAGAUAAGCUCACACACGUGUUAUACGCCUUCGCCAAUGUUCGACCGGAGAGCGGGGAAGUCUUCUUGACCGAUCCCUGGUCCGAUACAGACAAGCACUAUGAGAAAGACUCCUGGAACGAUGUCGGGACUAACAUUUACGGCUGUUUCAAGCAACUCAACCUCCUCAAGAGGAAGCAUCGCCACCUUAAGAUCCUCCUAUCCAUCGGCGGCUGGACCUACUCCUCCAAUUUUGCUGCACCUGCAUCUACUCCUGAGGGGCGCCAGGCAUUUGCCUCUAGCGCCGUAGAUAUUCUCAAAACCCUCGGCCUCGACGGGAUAGAUAUCGAUUGGGAGUACCCAAAGUCCCCCGAGGAAGGGCAACACUACGUACUCCUACUAGAAGCUGUCCGUUCCGCACUUGACGCUUACGGCUCAUCCCUCUCCGCACCUUUCCACUUCGAACUCACUGUCGCCAGCCCCGCUGGCGAGCAGAACCUCAAUAACAUGGAUCUCCCAGGCAUGGAUCGCUAUCUGGACUUCUGGAAUUUGAUGGCUUAUGACUUCGCUGGCUCAUGGGAUACGAAUGCAGGCCACCAGGCCAAUGUAUUCCCAUCCCAGAGCAACCCCGCCAGUACCCCGUUCAGUUCUCAGAAAGCCAUAGACUACUACACAUCGCAUGGAGUGAGGUCGGACAAGAUCGUCUUGGGCAUGCCGCUGUAUGGCCGGGCAUUUGAAAAUACGGAUGGACUCGGGAAGCCGUAUAGUGGCGUCGGGCAGGGGACUUGGGAGAACGGGGUGCAUGAUUUCAAGAAGCUGCCACUGGAGGGGGCGGUCGAGAAGUUGGAUGAGGAGACCGAGGGCAGCUAUUGUUACCAUGAAGAAAAGAGGAUUUUGGUUACCUAUGAUACGGUGGAGGCGGCAAGGAGGAAGACGGCUUGGAUAAAGAAGGUGGGCUUGGGCGGUGCGAUGUGGUGGGAGAGUAGCGGCGAUGGUGAGGGCGAUAAGAGCAUCAUCAAGGCCGUUGCGGACGACCUUGGGACGUUGGAUCAGAAGGAGAAUUGUUUGGAAUUCCCAGAGACGAAGUACGAGAACUUGAAAAACGGAUUCCCAGGCGAGGAGGCUUGA